GAACUCCAUUCGCUGCAGAAGAAGAAACGUGAAAGAUGCCCAUGCUGGCUUUCUUCAUUAAGCUGCUGCUGGUGCAUUACACAACCCAGAGUACGGCAGGAAUUCAAGCCGUCUGCGGUGGAGACGUUUCCCUCCCGUGUCUCUAUGAAGACAUUGAAAGCAUGGACUUCAUCUCUUUGGCAUGGUACAAGGUCAGUCGCCCAUUGCAGCUCAACAACCAGAGCAGAAAUGGCAUCAUCAGGUGGAAAACGAGGGGAAAUGUAACAUCGGCCUACAGCUUGGCCCGUGCGGCAGACUUCGGGGACAAAUACAGUUUGAUGCUUCGCAACGUGACGCCCGAAGACUCAGGCAACUACGACUGUUACAUCAGUGCAAAUAUAGGGGGGACAAACCGGAAUUCUUAUGUCUACCUAACGGUUCAAGAUUGUGUGACUCCUACGACUUCGUCCCCUCCCCCCAAUGCACAGGUAAAGGAGCUGUCGGUCCUGUGGAGCAUUCUGGGAUUUGUGGCAGUGGGUCUUAUCAAAGUCAUUUUAUCCAUAAUCAGCAUUUGGGUGAUUGGUGUCAUCGCUUCAAGACAAUCGAAACGAAGGUAAAGAAGCGGUUUCCUCUGAUUGGACACUUCCAGAGAUUGUAUAAAUACACCCAAAAAGUUAUUUCAAUUUCAAUUUCAAUUUAACUAAACAAAUGUUGUUUUCAAACUCUAAGAAAGUACCUCAAACUGUCCCCACAGUGUCCACUCUUGAGGGAAAUGUCAUAGAGGUGGUUCAUAUCUAUAAAUAUCUUGGUGUCUUGAUUGAUGAUUCCCUUUCCUUCAAACCCCACAUUGACAAUCUUGUGAAGAAACUGAAACUUAAAUUGGGCUUCUUCUUCAGGCACAAAUUUUGUUUCUCUUUUGAGGUGAAAAAGCGGCUUGUCACUGCAACGUUUUUAUCCAGUUUAGAUUAUGGAGAUUUGAUUUAUAUGAAUGCAUCAGCUAAAUGUCUAUGUAAGAUUGAUGCUGUUUACCAUGCUUCUCUGAGGUUUAUCACUAACUGUAGAGCCCUGACCCAUCACUGUGAAUUGUAUUCUCGAGUGGGUUGGCCCUCUUUGUCCACCAGGAGGCUGGGACAUUGGUGCACUUUUAUUUAUAAGGCCAUGCUUGGGCUACUGCCAUCAUAUAUUUGUAAUUUAAUCACAGAGAAAAGUGUUGCUUCUUACAGUCUGCGCUCAAACAAUCAGAUGCUUUUGUUAGUUCCAUUGGCCCGCACUGAAUCAGGAAAAAGGGCAUUUGUCCACUCUGCUCCCACCACAUGGAACUGGCUGCAAAAAGAUUUUAAAUUAACCGAAAUGAUUUCUUUGAACGCUUUUAAAUCUACGAUGAGAGCAUUUCAGACCACUUCUUCUACUUGUAGAUGUUUUUUAUGAAUUUUAAUUUACUUGUAAUUGUUUUUAUAUCAUUUUUAAUUUCUGUUUAUAUGUUGUGAGUGUAAAUUUGUGAGUGUACAUAUGUUAUUUGUUGCUGCCCCUUGGCCAGGACUCCCUCGAAAAAGAGGUUUUUAAUCUCAAUGGGACUUUCCUGGUUAAAUAAAGGUCAAAUAAAA